AUGUCAGAUAUCAGUGAAAGUAGUGGUAAAACUUACGGAGUUUCUCGGACUGUUUGGACUGAAGGAGACAUGAAGCUAUUUGUUGACAUAUUGUUGGAGUAUAAAAGGAAGGGCGAAAUGAAGCAGAAUAACUUUGGCAAGUCUUGGGUCAAGAUUACCAAAGAUUUUAAUGCCAAAUCAGAGUAUAGGCAAACCCUUGAGCAACUGAGUCAGAAAUUUCAUCGCUUUAGAAUUGACUGGAAUGCUUUUAAGGAUUUGCGAGAGAAACACACUGGUCUUGGAUGGGAUCACGAAAAAGGAACCAUUACAGCUUCUGAAGAACGUUGGAAAGAGUUAAUCAAGACAAACAAGAAUUACAAGAAAUUCCAGCAGCAAGAAACCAUAAGGGAUGAAGAUGGUGACAAGUCUAGUGGGGAAAAGAUGUUUACUGUUUUGGAAGCAUUUCGAUUAGCAAAACUAAAGCCUGAUAAAAACAUGUACCUGUUGCUGAUGUGUAAGGAGAUUAGAAAUAGUCAAGUUGAUGUUUCUGGAGGCAAGAAGGCUGUUGUUAUUCAUGUUCCGUACAGAUUGAGAAAAGCUUUCCGCAAGAUUCAUGUGAGGCUUGUUAGGGAGCUUGAGAAGAAAUUCAGUGGGAAGUUUCUAUCAAGUGAAUUUCAAAUGGCUAUGCUGACUACACUUCCUCCCGGUAUUCAUAUCCUUAUGGGUAAGAUGGAAGGUUCGUCAAAUUUGAACAAUGAGUUCAUGGAUUAUUCGUCAUCAUCUGACGAAGAGGAAUUGGAGGAAUGGAAGUUACUACGUAUGAUGUCUGAUUUUGAUGAAGAUGAGCUUGAGGAGAUUGAAGUGGAGGAUAGUUCACUGCCUCCUAUGCUGGAUUUACCUACUGAUGAUUCAUUGAUAGUAGAAGUCCAAAUUGACACGAAGGACCAAAACGAAAAGCCGGAAGGUCAAGGCCGUUGA